AUGUGCUCAACAAGCUUGCUAAAGAGCGUUAUUUGGUCACAAGGUUUCCUGGACUCGCGAAAUGCCAAGACUCCCACCACUCGCAAAUCUCCUCAAUGUCCCGAGCAUAGUAGUCCGUCUCGCUCUCCUGUUCCCAUAGUGUAUUCCCAAUGGUGGCAAAUGAGACUGCGCCCCAGUCCAGGUCGCGAAAGCAGCGAGGAGACGCUUCCUGCUUUGAGUUUGUGCAUAAGUAGUGAAGGCCAGGGUCACCGGACUACUGAGAGAGCUGUGUCCAUACCACCGGGAUUCCGUUUCGCUUUCCGCACAAACCAGUCAUUGUGGCGCAUUGUGGCGCCUACAGUGCCAGAAUUGGCUUGA